CAGCAAGGCGGCCACACGUCGCCCAGGUCCUCCAGGAGACAGUCAUCCUCCUCUCCUGUCUUCUCUUCCUCAAUAUACAUUUACCACCAUGGCGGAGCAUAAUUUGGGCUGCGGCCCUCUCACCAUCAAGUAUCUAGUGUUCAUCUUCAACUUCGUGUUCUUCCUGACUGGUUUGGUUUUGAUUGUGAUGGGGGGCAUAGCACAAGGUUUCUUCAGCUCGUACAUGGACUUCUUUGGUGGAAAAUAUGAAACCCCAGCCAUUGGCCUCAUUAUUUUGGGAUCGAUCAUUCUUGUCAUCUCCUUCUUUGGAUGCUGUGGGGCAAAGAAGGAAAAUGUGUACAUGCUGAGAAUAUUUGCUUUCCUGAUGGUGGUUGUCCUUUUGCUGGAGUUUGCCGCUGCUAUCACUGUUGCCGUACUGCGACCAGAUAUUGAAAAGCUAGUCAAGGCGAACAUGAAUAAGACAAUGAAUGGCUAUGGAGAUAAAAAGAGCCUUGUAACGAAGACUUGGGAUGAUCUACAGCAGAAUUACCACUGCUGUGGAACCACAAACUUCACAGACUGGGAAGAGACAAGUUACGGCAGAAAUGUGACUAUCCUGGGCGUACCCGACUCUUGCUGUAAGAACGUUGCUGAAGGCUGUGGUCACAAUAUUUUUAACUUGACCAAACCUGAUGAGGAAAUCUACACUGAAGGCUGCUUCUUUGCUCUAACGAAUUCUGCUCGUGCCAACCUUGGAGCGAUCAUUGGAAGCAUAGUCAUUAUAGCUCUACUUCAGGUUGUUGGUGUGUGGAUGUCCUGUUGCCUCAUCAGAGCAGUGAAGGAGCGAUACGAGAUCUUAUAAAUCAGGGCUGUGAAUUGCUUCCUGGUGAAGAGGGACUUCUGAAGGGAAUUUGAGCAGCAUUUGAAUUGCAAGAGGAAGCUGGUCACAAAUUUGUUUUUGCCCUUGUAAUUGUUUUUUUAUCAUUUGUAGCCAGCUGUAGUGUCCGGGUUAAUAUGGAAUGUUUUUUUUCUGGUAUAUAUAUAUAUGUAGUCCUGAUUUUGCUUCAUUGCUAAAUAUAUUAAUGGCAACAUAUCUAAGCCUCUUGAAGGUAAUGAAGUAACUUACUAUAUUUUUUUUUUUUGUUGAUUAAAGGAAUGUGAACCUCCAUUAAGCCCCACUAAGGCUACGGGAGAAUAUUGGUACUAAUAGUACUCCCCCCCCCCCAUUGAGGUAGGGUUGAUUCUUUUUUUUUUUUAAAGGAACAGUAUUUUUAAGUUCCCCAUCAAUUUUUGUUUUAUACUACUUCAGUAAUGAGGUGUAUCAUAUUAUCAACUAGUAAAUAUCUAAUUUGAAUACUUGUGUACUUUAGCCAAAGAUCAGUUGUGUGUACUCUGCCCUUACUCAGUAAACAUAAUUUAUAA